GACCUUCAGUAGUUCUGUUUAAGAGACAUCAAUGCAGGAUCCGUGACUGGAAUAAAUUGGUCAAGCGGAUUGUGGCCAGACAGAUACGUCAGGAUAUAAAAGGCAGACAGCAAUGAAGCUCAAACCCCCAACCCCCAGCCCCUCCUGAGACACGCACACUGACUAGACGAACUGUGUGUGUGUUGUGUGUGCGGCGACUCUCUUUCCCCUUCUUCUCACUCAUAGGAGCGGCAGCAUCCUUCUCUCGCUCAAUCACGACAACAGCAGCUAACUUAGGCAAGUAGGCCCUUGAUGAAGGCCGCCGCCUGGUGCCCCGCGUCACAUGCAUAUGCAUAGCCCAUCCGGGCCCCCCUCACCACCCGCCUCGCCAUCUCUACACAGCAGCACCCAUCCUCCUCGUCACGCCCCUCCCAACUGACCAGCCACGAGUUCCCCUGCCUCUGCCAGUAGGCCACCUCCCACUUAGUCAGCUUGCUCACAUACAAGCCGUCCUCGCCCCCACCCCACAGCGACCGGCACCUCCAGGAGGGGGAGGGAGGGGGAGGGCACCGUGUGUGUGGUGGUGGGCGGCCAGCUGGGCGGCCCGUACGCCAUCGAGUGUGUGUGGACGGCGGCGUAGGUGGGGGGUAACACUAUGUGGCGGCUGGUGUGGGUGUGGGGGCUCGCGGGCUUCUGUGGCAGUGCGACCGGCGCCACACACGGGGAGGUCAUCUGACCCGGCAGAAGGGACGGGCGCAGCGGUCUCGCCGUUGCCGGUGUGUGUCUGCUGCUGUGUGUUGGUCUUGAGUGUGGGUGUGGAGGGUGCGGCGGCUGGUCCACCGGGGUUGUGGGCUGUGACCUUGGGUGAGGUGGCAGUGCGAAGGGGCAUCGGUGGGGGCGUGCUGCUGUGCGGCUGGUGCUGGUGCUGUGGGUGGUGUGUGGGGCCGGGGGAGGCCGACGGUGACACGGCGGGCCCUGGGAGGGAGAGGGGGGAGCUGGGUGGGUGUGAGGGCUCCUGCUGGUCGUGGUCGCCGUCGUAGAGGGGCGCGGGGAGGGCGGGCGACAGGGGCGGGGUGGGUAUCUCGGCCGCAGCAGCGGCGGCUUCCAGCACGGCGGCUGGGAUCUCUUGGUCCUCCUUCAGGAACCAAUUCUUGACUACCGCCUGCAUGAAUGUCGGCAGACAAAGACAGACAGACAGACAGAUAUGUGGAGAAGAAUGGAUGUAUGGUGCGUAUGUGUACGGGUGUAUGUGUCAUUCCUUUACUGAUUUGAGGCAGUCUGCACUUACCGGCAUGCCCUCGGUGACCUCUCUCCGCCACAAGAAGAUGGCCUUGUGGUGGUACUCCUCACACACGCCCUGCAGGACGGAUGCAUCAAUCACGACCACACAGCAUACGCAGACACGCCAGACCAAAAAGCUGAAUGGACACAGGUCGUGUACUUAACUGACUAACGGUGCCCACUUACUUACCAGCUCCUCGUCGUAUUCCCGCCGCCUCUCCUCGUCCAGGAGGACAUCCCUGGCCUGCUUGAUGUAAUCAAACAUGUAGCCGUCCUUCAAGAAACCCCUAUCAGGAUGAGCCUGCAUCGAAUGCAAUUAAUGACAGCACACCCAUUGCAAUACAACACACCGACCGAUGCAUACGCACGGCUCACAUCAUCCCUCCAGCAUGCAAUGCAUCGCUCCGCGUACCCAGAAGGCUGCUUUCUUGUACGCCGCCUUGAUCUCCUCCCUACUCGCAAAGGGCGACACGCCCAACACCACAUAGUGGCCAAGGAGGAAGGGACCGAGCCGACCUGCACACACACAACACUCACAGAAAAAUAUCUCACAGGUACAUUGCGUGUAAGGUCUCUAUGUUUCCCUUUGUCUGUUUCCUCUGUCUGUUUCCCUCUGUCUGUUUCCCUCUGUCUGUUUCCCUCUGUCUGUUUCCCUCUGUCUGUUUCCCUUUGUCUGUCUGUUUGUCAGUCUGUUUGUAUACGUACUUGUAUCAUCCUCGUAGUCGGCCCACCGCGGCUUCUCCUUCCUCUCGACCUCCUGUGCGGCACUUCGUCGAUCUCGGUGGCCGCCGAAGCGGCCAAAUAUGCGGAGACAAAAAUUGAGAAGAGAAGGAGACAUGGCAUUCGAAUGUUGAUAAGCCUCUUCUUUUGCCCCUUACGCACCUGUGGUGUCCGAUUCCCGCCGCCUCUGCUUUACGUGGUGGAGGCGUGGCGUGCGUCACGGCGUGUAGCGUGGACGAAGACAAAAAAAAAGAUGCAACGCCUAAAAAAAAAAAAGAGAGAUGGAAUCGGUCGCAAGGCUGCUCGGUCAGACACACCUUUCAUACGCUUGUCCUUGCGGCCAUGGUCUCCUCUCUGGGUCGAACCCCGGCUCCCAACCCCACAAAGCACCCAGCAGUACGGAAACCGUCCGUGCGCACGAGGUCGUUGAGGCAGGCGGUUG